GCCGCCACAACAGCAGCUAGCUUGCACGCUCACGUACGGGCUGAAGUUUUAUUAUUCGAUAUUAAUGCUUCCUCGUGCGCUCGACUGCGUGUUAUUCUGCGCACGCUGUGCACACUUUUGAGGCGUGGAGGAGACUAGAAAUAAUCUGCCGCGCGGUCCAGCAGAAAACGUGAGCAGGUCUCCAUGGCCCAGUUCGGGGGGCAGAAGAACCCUCCGUGGGCGGCCCAGUUCGCCGCAACAGCGGUGUCACAGCCCGGCCACUCAGGACAGUCACUGGACCUGAACAGUUUACAUUCUUUAGGAGUGCAGCAGCCGUCCCUCUUGGGAGCGUCUCCUAUGUACACUCAGCAGUCGGCUUUAGCAGCGGCUUCCCUCAACACGCAGUCAGCUGCCAACUACCAGCUCUCUCAGCAGACCGCAGCGCUCCAGCAGCAGGCCGCUGCAGCCGCCGCCGCCGCGUUACAGCAGUCUCAGAUCAAUUCAGCCCUGCAGCAGUAUCAGCAGCAGCAACAACAGCAGCAGCAGCAGCAGCCACCUCAAGCCCCCCCACCGCAACCUCCACCUCAGCAAACUCUUUACAACGUCCCACAUCAGCUUCCACAACCCCAACAAGCCCUGCUAUCACAGCCCCCUGUUGCCUUGCCCACCAGCCUGAGCCUGUCCAACCCGCAGCAGACGGCGCAGAUAACCGUAUCCUACCCGACCCCGCGCUCCAGCCACCAGCAGCAGACCCAACCCCAAAAGCAGCGCGUUUUCACCGGAGUCGUCAGCAAGCUACACGAUACCUUCGGCUUUGUGGAUGAGGAUGUCUUCUUCCAGCUCAGUGCGGUUAAAGGGAAGACGCCCCAAGUGGGCGAUCGUGUUCUGGUGGAAGCUGUCUACAAUCCCAACAUGCCUUUCAAGUGGAAUGCCCAGCGCAUCCAGACCUUACCUCAGCUGCCCAACCAAACGCACCAGCCGCCUCAGCCCUUACCUCAGGUUUCCCCACAGCUGUCCAGCUUUUACUCUGAAGCAGGAAUGCAGCGCUACUCUGACAUGCACUCUGCGGUGGAUUCAAGACAAAAUAGCCAACCACCAGGUCCAAACAUGAUGAAACCCGGUCCCACCAUGCUGCAGUCUCUACCCCCUCCCACCACGUUCAGCGUCCCGGCCCAGGGACCUCCUCCGUCUCUUCUGCAGGCCCAGCUCUCAGCUGCCUCUCUGGCCCCACUGCUGCAGAAUCCCCCACAGCCCCUGCUGCCCCAGCCUCCCCCUAAAGACUCGGUGUUCUCCGGAGGUUUGCUGCAGCCCCCGGUGCGAAUGAUGCCUCAGCCACAACAAGUGAGGCGUGUGGACCCUUCACCCCGCUUCCCCAGCCGCGGUGACCGACCAGAACUCAUCCUGAGGAAGGACGAUCGCAGUCGGGAAAGAGACAGAGAGCGAAGGAGAUCAAGAGAACGUUCCCCCACACGUAAGCGCUCUAGAGACCGGUCUCCUCGCAGAGAACGCUCUCCAAGACGGCCGCGCAGAGUUGUCCCAAGAUAUACUGUGCAGUUCUCCAAAUUCUCUCUCGAUGGUUACAACUGUGACAUGAUGGAGUUGCGGCGGAGGUAUCAGAGCCUCUACAUUCCCAGUGACUUUUUUGAUGCUGUGUUUACCUGGGUAGACGCCUUUCCCUUGACACGACCUUUCACCUUUGGAAACUACUGUAACUUCCACAUCAUGCAUAAAGAGGUGGACUCUCUGGUGAAGAACACGGCUGUGCUGGACCCACCUGAUGCCAAUCACACCUACAGCGCAAAGGUAAUGCUGCUGGCCAACCCUAGUCUAGAUGAACUGUAUCAUAAGUCCUGCGCUCUGGCUGAAGAUCCACCAGAGACGAGAGACUCCUUCCAGCACCCUGCCCGCCUCAUCAAGUUCCUGGUGGGGAUGCGGGGCAAAGACGAGGCCAUGGCCAUCGGGGGUCACUGGUCUCCCUCUUUGGAUGGGGCCGACCCGGAAAACGAUGCCUCGGUGCUUAUAAAGACAGCCAUACGUUGUUGUAAGGCUCUGACAGGCAUUGAUCUGAGUUUAUGUACCCAGUGGUAUCGUUUUGCAGAGAUACGCUAUCACCGCCCUGAGGAGACUCACAAAGGGCGGACAGUCCCCGCACAUGUGGAGACAGUGGUUUUAUUUCUCCCGGAUGUUUGGCAUUGUCUUCCUACCCGCUCAGAGUGGGAGGGCCUGUCCCGUGGACUCAAGGAGCAGCUGGCAGAGAAACUCUUGGCUGAACGGAAGGAGGCUGAUGGAGAACAGGAGGAGGAGGAUAAGGACGAAGAUGAUUCAAAGGAAGUUACUACGCCCACUCACUGGUCUAAGCUUGAUCCGAAAUCCAUGAAGGUCAAUGACUUGCGCAAGGAGUUGGAGAGCCGUUCACUGAGCUCUAAAGGGCUGAAGUCUCAGCUGAUCGCUCGUCUCACCAAACAGCUGAAGGUGGAGGAGCAGGUGGAGGAGUCCAAGGAGCCGGAGAAGCCUGAACCUCCUAGCGUGGAGGAGGAUGAGUCCUGCAGACUGGAGGAUGACCGAGAGGAAGAGGAAAGAAAGCGGCAGGAGGAGCAGGAACGCCAGCGCAGGGAGAGACGUUAUGUGCUGCCAGAUGAGCCCACCAUUAUUGUCCAUCCCAACUGGGCUGCUAAGAACGGCAAAUUUGACUGCAGCAUCAUGUCCUUGAGUGUGCUGCUGGAUUACAGACUGGAGGAUAAUAAAGAGCACUCCUUUGAGGUUUCUUUGUUUGCUGAAUUAUUCAAUGAGAUGCUUCAACGAGACUUCGGCUACAGGAUCUACAAAGCGCUGGCUUCUCUUCCGAACAAGGAUGAGAGGAAAGAUAAAAGAGAGAAAGCUAAAAAAGAUGCCGAAAGGAGGGACGUAAAGAAAGAGAAGGAUGAAGAAAAUGGAGAGCCGGCCACAAAGAGAAUGAGAGAGGAGGAUGACAAGAGGAAGGAUGAAGAGAAGGAAAGAGGCAUGAAGAGAGAAGAGUCCAAAGAUGACGAUGAUAAUGAAGACGGCAGCAGCAACAACAACGCUGAUGAGUAUGACCCACUGGAGGCAGAAGACGCCGACGACUACGAUGACGACGAUAAAGAUGAUGAAGACUCAAAUGGCAGAGACAGAAGAGACGACCGGCGAGACGAACGGAAGUCCAAAGAGAGGUCAUCUAAAGAUAAAGAUGAGAAGAAAAAGCAGAUGGUGACGUUUAACAAGGAUCUGCUGAUGGCCUUUGUGUACUUCGACCAGAGUCACUGCGGCUACCUGCUGGAGAAGGACUUGGAGGAGAUCAUGUACACGCUGGGCUUGCAUCUCUCCAGAGCUCAGGUGAAGAAAUUGUUGAACAAACCAUUGGUCAGAGAGUCUUGCCAUUAUCGCAAACUAACGGACAGACCUAAGGACGAGCCCAGUCCCACGUUGACAUCUGAUGCUCUGAUAGACAACCUUUUAGGUAACCAAAGCCUGCUGCCCAGUCUGAAGAUCAAGCGGGAAUCAGAGGACAGCGGCGAGUCGUCUAGUCUAAUCGUCUACAAGGGAGCCAUGGUGGAUGUGGGGAGCAUGAUGCAGAAGCUGGAGAAGAGUGAGAAAACCCGAGAGGAAAUUGAGCAGAAGCUCAUGCAGCAGGACAUUAAAAUGGAGGACGAUUCAAAGCAUAUAACGGAGCUGGAGGCAGCGAGCCGCAGCCUUCAGAAGGAGUUGGAGGAGGUGAAGAACAAUCUCAGAGAGACGGAGAACACCCUGAGAGCCUCAGACCAGCAGAAAGGCAGCUACGAACAACAGCUCCACAGCACCGUGUCCAGCCUCGACACCGUCAUGAAGGAGCUACAGAGCGUUUUAUCACACGGUGACCCUUCAGACGACCGUGACCAAAAAACCCAAGCUAAUGGCUCAGACGAGUGAACGUCCCUCUCCAAGCUCACCCGCCGCGUCUAAUCUCCCUUCGAAUGUGUAAAUAAGCCGAAAACUAACACAAUUCUAAAGCUCAUUUUAUUUUCAUCUUUCGUUUCUGUGUACAAACGUUUUAAUGACAGUGGAGGCGAACUCUCUUUUUCCUCAUGAUUCUAUAUUUGAAAGUAACUUCGAUUUUGGAAAUUACUACACUUUGACAAGUUCACGUUUGAUUUGCGAAAGCGUUUUUUGGUUGUUAAUCCGUUUAAGCUUUAUUUCGGCCUUUCGUUGCUAGUCGUUUUAACACACCUUGCUAUAUCAGCAUAUUUCAUUGUUGAAAUAAUACAUGACUUGUGCCAGUAUGUGACUUAUUAGCAGAGUUUAUUUAGCAAUAAAAGUGUUAUUUAUGUUUAAAUCCGAUGUUAGAAACGGCGAUUAGGAUUUUAUUAGGACCUAUGUGAAGCUGCUUUCUGAUAUUUUGCGUUGUUCCGUGACAAACAGUGAUCGAAAACACGUUUUGUUUCAUGUCUUUUGUUAGUUUUGGUCACAUCCGAGCAUGCAUCUAAAUGAGCGCAUGCACAUCAGCUCGAUUCCUGAAUAAUAUUCUUGCAGACUUUUUUUUCUUCUUCUUCUUCUUCUUUUGAUCUCGAUGUUUUGUUCAGUGAUCUCUGUGUAAUCCUACCAGGGUUGCUUUGCGUGAAUGGGGCCAUGUUCUUUGUCGUUUCAAACAAAACCAAGGCAGUUACCCUGUUAAAGAUGCACAGGCUCGAUCUGACUGAGGUCCUGGAUGCUUCAUAUCAGAGUGAUUGUAGUGUGCGAGUCGGAUACCGUGUGUUUUUUUUUCCAAUAGUUUGUUUUGCUGGAAUUGUUUGGAAGGCGGUGAUUCUUUUUAUGUUUUUCCUGUUGUUGGCCCACUGAAGAUGAGAAUGAUUACAGUGGGUGGAGAAGAGCCAAACCUGAUAAAAAAUGUGCCCAAGGCAGCCAAGUGCAUAUUAUUUUUCUAUUCUGGAUGUACUCUAUGGCUGUCCCGGUAAAAGAAAACAAAUAAAAUUUGUCAUUUUUAACAUUUCGUUCAGUUAAAUUUUGAAUUCCCCCAAUUGUUUUGAAUUUACAGGGGUACUAGGAAUUUUGCAAUGCCAUUUUUCCCCCCAGUAGAUGGCAACAUUUGUUUGAUCCGGAGGGAUUAUGCAUGCACUUUUUAUUAGGAAAAACAAGCAAUGGGUUUAAUAAACAAAUAUUCUUCUUGUCACAGACUUUUUGAAUUUCUUGUAAAGUGUUUCAGUGAUUUUUAGCUUGACUGCAGGAUGAUUUUCUGUGAAUAGGGUGAAUUGGUUUAUUUCUAUAUGAGUUCUAUACUAGCAGGGGUUUUCUAGUGGAAGACAUCAAAUGGAUCAGCUUUAUGCUGACUUGGUUAGUAGUUUGGCUGCAUUUAAAAUCAAAUGCUUUACUACUAAUGUCUGAAUGAGGACACAGGAGAGGAGUAGGUAACAUAACAGUGACAUAAAGAUGAACUCGGCAUGUUCCGAUUAAAUACUACAUGCGUUCUAUGAAGAAUUAUUAUUUUUUAUUGUUUUGCUGUUAUUUUUUCAACUGUUGUGAAAUAAUUGGUUAUUAAAAAGUUUUAGAAGA